GUCUCCGCCGCGCGGCGGGGGGCCGAGCCCCGGGCUGUCCCGCCCGCGCUCCCCGCACGGCCCCGCCGCCCAGCCCGCACGGGGCGGGAGGGGAGGGGAGGGGAGCGGGCGGCGCACGCUGCCAGCACGGGGCAAUGAAUGCCCCCUCGCCGGCCCUCGAGAGGCGGGAGGGCAGCGGGGCCGCCCCGCUCCCGUGGGGAAAGGGGAGGCGGGAGCUGUCAGCCCCGGCGGGAAAGCCAGCCUUGCCUCCCGACCGCCAUGGGCAGGGCGCAGCGGGACCUCACGGCUCUGCCGGCAGCGGGGCCAGGGCUUCACCGCCCAGCGGUGUCCCUUCGUCGGGCACCAGGCAGGCACGCAAAGGUCCGCAUCCAUUUGGUGCGGCCCCCAGACCCAGCACCGAGCUGCGCCCGCUCCCAGGGAGCCCCGGGUCGUGUAGCAGCGGCACCCUCGUGCGCCGCCCGGCGCCGCUGGACACCAGUCCGCAGCUCGCCGCUCUUCACACGCGGCUGUGCAGAGCUGGCGCAGAGUCCCGCGGAAUAUAAUCCCGUCUGGAAAUGAAGUUUCUGCUGCCUGGAAAACGCAGGGCUGCUCUCCCAGGCGACACCUUAGGGCCGGCACAGUCCUGAAGCCAACAACAUUCAAUACAAAUUUUGCCUCCUGCGUAAUGAUGGGCCUGCUGAUAGGACGAAGCCCUCACUUAAAGACAAAAUGCACACGGAGAUUUGCUUUAUGAGGAAGAGACUUUUCCUUUAGCUGGCACAACAGUGACAUGGAAAUGUCCAGUUUGAACUGGAAGUGGACACAGUGAAGGUUAGCAUUUGGAGCCAAGCUUGGCAGUCAGGGAAUUUGGAGUCCAUCCUCAUCACUGCCAUUGCCUACAACAGUGGUUUUCAACCUUUUUCACGAGGGCCCCAAAAACAUUUUCAAUGGAGGUGCGGACUCCUUUGAAUUGUGAGGUAUGGAUUUAUAAAUACAUGCCUGAAGUCUCUAGUGGUUGAGAAAUAUGGUGAAGAAACCUGGGAAAAAUUAAGGAUCCAAGCAGGAGUUCAGGAUUCAUUUUUGACUUUUGAAGUUUACCAAGAUGAGAUCACAAUGCUGCUAAUUGAUAAAGCCUGCAAAAUGUUAGGUGUUCCCUCUGAUAUGGUUCUGAAGCAGUUUGGAGAGUAUUUCUUUGAGUUUUGCAAACGAUCAGGCUAUGACCAUAUGUUAAGAACCCUGGGUGGAAAUCUCUACGAGUUCAUAGAAAACCUGGAUUCAUUGCACAGCUACUUAUCUCUUUCUUAUCAGGAAAUGAAUGCACCUUCUUUUAGAGUAGAAAAUAAUGAAGAUGGGUCAAUGCAUUUACAUUACUACUCAGAUAGAAGAGGUCUAUGCCAUAUUGUUCCAGGAAUCAUUGGUGCAGCAGCCCUGGAUUUUUUCAACACUGAAAUUUCAAUGGAAAUAGUCAAUCAGACAGAAGAGGAAGAAAGGACUGGGAAAAAAGAACACAUUGUUUUCCUUGUCACUCAAAAACCUGUAUUUUCAUAUAACAAGAGAGAGAAAUUUUCUUCCUUACCACAAUAUCUUGCUGAUUCUGGAAGGCAAAGUGAAAAACUACUGAAUAAGGACCUUGAAAAAGCUGUGAAUAAGAUUAGAGAUAGAACAAGCCUUGUUCCUGUUCGUCCUGUCAAGAAAAGUCACUGGACGACAAUAAGAGGAAUUGUUACAUUAGGAAAAGGUAAACUACUGAGAGGAUUUGAUCCUGUUUAUCCUAAGACCCUCUGGAUAGACACCAAAACAUUUUGCAAUGGACUGCCUUUCCAUAUUGUUUUUGACAAAGAGCUCAGGGUGAAGCAAGCUGGAGUGAGCAUCCAGAAGAUUGUUCCUGGCCUUCAGACUAUGGGGAUCCACCUGGAUCACUACUUCAGUAUUGUGCACCCAGAAGUGACGUUCACCAUCUCUAGUGUUCAGAAAUUUAUCAAUAGUCAGUUUGUUUUCCGGACGAGGCGGGAGAUGAUGCCAGAGUCCUGGAAACAACGCCCAAUGCUAGAGCUCAGAGGACAAAUGAUCUGGAUGGAGUCCCUGCAGUGCAUGUUAUAUCUCUGUUCACCUUUACUACGCACUUUGCACGAGCUAGAAGAGAGGCAGAUGCAUAUUGCAGACAUAGCACCCCAUGAUGUCACCAGGGAUUUGAUUCUUCUUAACCAGCAAAGACUGGCAGAGAUGGAGCUCUCCAACCAACUGGAGAGGAAGAAAGAGGAACUGCGGAUAUUAUCAAAGCACCUAGAAGAAGAAAAGAAAAAGACAGAAGCUCUGCUGUAUGCUAUGCUUCCUAAGCAUGUGGCCAAUCAGCUAAAAGAAGGGAAACGGGUUGAGGCAGGAGAGUUUAAAGAAUGCACCAUAUUGUUCAGUGAUGUUGUGACCUUUACCAACAUUUGUGCCCAGUGUGAACCUAUCCAGAUAGUCCUCAUGUUAAAUUCAAUGUACCUGCGAUUUGACAGGCUAACAACAGUGCAUGAUGUCUACAAGGUGGAGACUAUAGGAGAUGCCUACAUGGUGGUAGGAGGUGUCCCUGUGCCUGUAUCUACUCAUGCAGAACGAGUUGCCAACUUUUCCCUGGGAAUGAUAAUAGCAGCCAAAGAAGUUAAGAAUCCAGUUUCUGGCAACCCUAUCCAAAUUAGAGUUGGGAUCCAUACAGGCCCUGUGCUGGCUGGGGUAGUUGGAGAAAAGAUGCCUCGUUAUUGUUUGUUUGGAGAUACAGUGAACAUAGCUUCCCGGAUGGAGAGUCAUGGGGUUCCAAGUAAAAUUCACCUUAGCACCAGUGCUUAUCGAUGCUUAAAGGACAAGAAUUUUGAAAUAAUGGAAAGAGGAGAAAUAGAAGUGAAGGGCAAGGGCAAAAUGCAUACGUACUUCUUGAUUAAAAACAGGACAGCAACCGAGAAUGAAAUCUUGGGAAGGCCAAUAAGAGAUUCAGAUUCUGGCCCUGAAUCUAUCCCAUCCUUUCAGGAAUCCAGGACUGAAGUGAUAGAAAAUGCAUGUCAGCAAGCUAUGCAGCCCAAUUCAGGUGAGGAUCAGCCUCUAGCCAUUGCAAUGAAGUACGUUGAUGGUCCUACUGAUGUACAAGGUGCUUGCAAAGGAAGAAACCAAGCUAGAAUUAUGGAUGUAACAGGCAAAACGUAUGGUUCCAAAAGCUGUAGAAAUCUCCAUGGUGAACAGCAGUCAAGUGAUCAUCCUUCUCUUCUUAACCAAGAAAGAUUCAAACCAGCAACUGAAGAACCAGAGAUCAGAAAUGUCCGAUCCAAUUUUUGCAAUGUACUUUAAGAUCCUGACUUUAGAAGUUAAAUGGGAAAGGAUGUUUUGCUCUACUAUAUUUUGCUAACACGAGUACUGAUUUCGUAUAUUAGUACAGAGUUUCUAGGAAAAAAAAUACAUUUCUUAGAGCUUGCAAUGUAAACAAUGGCAUUGUACACAACUUUUUUGGUAUUUACGUAAAAUAAAAUUUGCAUUUGAACAUGA